UGCUCCUCUGACCUACUCCAUCCUCAACCCAACACCAGAACCAUGAGCUGCUGUGGCUGUUCUGGAGGCUGUGGCUCCAGCUGUGGGGGCUGCUGCUCCAGCUGCUGCAAGCCUGUGUGCUGUUGCAAGCCUGUGUGCUGCUGUGUGCCUGCUUGUUCCUGCUCUAGCUGCGGGGGCUGCGGUUCCUGUGGGGGCUGUAAGGGAGGUUGUGGCUCCUGUGGGGGCUGCAAGGGAGGAUGUGGUUCCUGUGGAGGUUGCAAGUCCAGCUGUUGUCAGUCCAGCUGCUGCAAGCCCUGCUGCUGUCAGUCCAGCUGCUGCAAGCCCUGCUGCUGUCAGUCCAGCUGCUGCAAGCCCUGCUGCUGUCAGUCCAGCUGCUGCAAGCCCUGUUGCUGCUGUGAGUCCAGCUGUUGCAAGCCCUGCUGCUGUCAGUCCAGCUGUUGCAAGCCCUGCUGCUGUCAGUCCAGCUGCUGCAAGCCCUGUUGCUGCUGUGAGUCCAGCUGUUGCAAGCCCUGCUGCUGUGAGUCCAGCUGUUGCAAGCCCUGCUGCUGUCAGUCCAGCUGCUGCAAACCCUGCUGCUGUCAGUCCAGCUGUUGCAAGCCCUGCUGCUCUUCAGGCUGUGGGUCUUCCUGCUGUCAGUCCAGCUGCUGCAAGCCCUGCUGCUGUCAGUCUAGCUGUUGUGCCCCUGUAUGUUGUCAGUGCAAGAUCUGA